AUGCCCCACCGCCGGCCCUUAAACCCGCAGCGACUGGGGCCUUGGACGAACGACCCGGGCGACCCAGGGGCCGACAGCAUGGCAGCUCGACCUUCGGAUGAGGACGGCACCCGAAGGAACUUGUCUCCACCGAUGCAAGGCGAACAGGACUGGAUGAUGCGCACCUCCAGCGGACCGGUGACUGAGCGGCCGUGCAUCCCCUGUCCCAUAGAAGUGGCCGGCGCUGGGAGAGACAGACGGAGUGACGCAUGUACCUACCGGGGUACCGAAGGUUCGGGGGAGGUGCAGGGGACACUGGGUGAGCGGACUCUUCGGGGGCGGAGGAGCACAUGUCGUCCCCGAGUGCUCACCAAACCGGGGGGUGGACCGGGGCCUGGUGCCAUGGGAGACCGAGUGGUGAUGGCGGCUCCCUCACCUGUGCGGGUGACCUGGACACUCCACAUGCUUCUUGGGCCCACAGGGGCCAUACCCGGCACUACUCUCAUACAGCCAGCCAAAUUACACAACUUUCUGAUUCGCACACAAUGA